AGAUGUGGAACUUGUAUGUGUAUAAUAAGGCGCACUGCCAAGAUAUGGCACUAGAUAGAGCCUUGAUCGUUGUAUCGUGGUGUCGUAGAAAGAGGGACAUUAGAAUUGGAAUGAGACAGAGAAAUUAGUACGCGUAAGACCCGCAGUGACGCGAAGACGUUGGGCAGACGUCACAAUAUUAAAAACAGACCGAGGUACAUACUCGUAUUAGAAAAAAUGGCAUUCCGUGAAUUGGUAGAAGGUGACUGUGGUGGGCCCAGUUCUUUAAUUCGCUUAACAUCACAUUUUGUACGUGAUCAUGGAUUUAAAGAAGAAGGAAUACAUCAUCCUUUUGACCAUGUGGAACCUUUUCAAGCUUCAGAUUCAGAUCAGUUAGUUAAACAAUUUUUAGAAGAAAAUCCUUCGUGUCCUCAAACAUUUAGAAUGGAUAAUUUAUUACAAGAAAUGCGUGAAAUUGAUCAAAAUAUUCAUCCACCUAUAGCAGCACCGGGAGUUGCUGAAGAAUUAACCAGUUUAGAUACAGCCUGGGCAAAUCAGUAUCUUCAAUCAGGACGUCAUUUUAAUGAACAUCAUGCUGAUGACAUUUGGCAUCAUGAGGUAGAACAAAACAUCUUAAGUCAUCAAAAACAUGAACUAGGAUUAGGUCCAAAAUGGGCUGAAGAAUAUAUAGAACAUAGUAUAGAUGCUAUACAGAAUAACAUAAAUAUAGAACAUCCAACAGAAGCAAUAGAAAACAAUGAUAAUCCUAAUUUUGAAUAUUCAAAAUUUAUGAAAUUUAUGAAACAGGAAGGAGAUGUCUCUAUAGAAAACAAUCAAGAAUCACUGCCAGAUUUUCAUAAUACGAGUAAAGACUGGACAGAACAAUAUGAAAAAGAUAAUCAAAAGUCCAAAGACAAAAUCUCUACUAAGAGUCAAGAAACUGAAGUGACAAAUAAGAUAGAAGAAGAAUUAACUGUUACUGAUAAUUGGAUAGAUGAAUUUCAAAAAGAAAGUACUUCUUCAGAGACAGACAAUUAUGAGUCUACAUUCUUAAAACUUCAAAGUGAAUGGGAAAAAAUUUCGUCAUCUGAAGAAUUAUCUUCCAAGCAUCCAUGGCUUUCAGAAUAUGAUACUUUUUAUGAUCCAUUUAAAGAUUAUGAAUUUCAUGAAGAGAAUCCUAUGAAAAACUUACCUAAUGCAUUAGAAGAGGGUAAGAAAAGAUUAGCAGCUGGAGAUUUACCAAGUGCUAUACUUUGCUUUGAAGCAGCAAUACAACAAGAUGAAAAGAAUUCAGAAGCUUGGUUACUUCUUGGUAAAACUCAAGCUGAAAACGAACAAGAUCCAUUGGCUAUUUCUGCUUUGAAGCGUUGUCUAAGUUUGGAUCCUACAAAUGGUGCAGCCCUUAUGGCACUUGCAGUUUCAUACACAAAUGAAUCUUACCAAAAUCAAGCAUGUAUAAUUCUUAGAGAAUGGUUAUUAAAAAAUGAAAAAUAUAAGCAUCUUUCAGUAGAAAAGAUUAGCAGUCCCGAGCAACAGUCAAAGUCAAAUGUAUCAUCGAUCCUGUUCAAUGAUGUACAUGAAGAAGUAAAAAAUCUUUAUAUUCAAGCUGCACGAAUGAAUCCGUGGAACGAAAUAGAUGCAGAUGUACAGUGUGGAUUAGGAGUACUUUUUAAUUUAUCUAAUGAAUAUGAUAAAGCUAGUGAUUGCUUCCAAGCAGCGCUGCAAGUACGCCCACAUGAUUCUAGAUUAUGGAAUAGAUUAGGUGCAACUUUAGCUAAUGGUCAAAAAUCAGAGGAAGCUAUAAAUGCAUAUCAUCAUGCUUUAAAAUUAUCACCUGGAUUCAUUAGAGCUCGUUACAAUCUCGGAAUUUCUUGUAUUAAUCUUGGUGCAUAUAAAGAAGCAGGUGAACAUCUUGUAAUAGCUUUAAACCAACAAGCUUCCGGCCGUGGAAUUCAUGGUGAAAGUUUCUCACCGAAAGCGAUGUCGAAUACUAUUUGGUCAACUUUGAGACUUGUCAUUUCGCUUAUGCACAAAUAUCAUUUAAAUGAAGCUAUAGAAAACAGAGAUCUAACAAGGUUGAAUAAGGAAUUCGAAAUUGCAUAAAAACUUGUUGUCUUGUCUUAAAUGUCUAAUAUGUUAAAAUAAAGCGAUUAAAAAUAUUUUUCGUAGUUAAAAAAUGUACAUAAAAAAAAUUAAAAAGAUACUAUCAUAUAAUUUCUUUGUUAUAAGAAGGGUUGAUUUAAGCAUAUUAAAUGUCAAAAAAAACUAAUUUGUUGAAUACCUUUGAUAGGUACAUAAGUAACAUGACUUUUUAAUAUUUUAUCGUCCAUAAAUUAUUAAAAGGGGUUAUAUACAUCAAUAUAAUAAAAUUGUUAUGCAUUUAAUAAAAUUUGGUUAAAGUAAUUGAAUCCCUGAAAAAAUAAAUAAAUAAAGGUCAGGUAAUAUACAUAAAAAAUGAAAAGGAACGAGCGCAAUCCUAAAACGAUAAAAUAAUUUCUAUUUUUUUUUUUCUGUUUUUCUUUCAAUAAAUGAAUAGUAUUAUAAAAAUAUGACCACAUAAUAAAGAAGCAUUCUGAUAUGAGUUACAGUUAUAUAUUAUUUCUAUCAUAAUUUAUAAAUAUCAUAGAUAACUUCUAACAUAAUUAUAUUAGAUUUGUAACAAAGAGAAAUUAAUCCUAAAGGCACAUCAAAGUUACAUAUAAUGUAACAGUCAGAAAGUGAUGAAAAUAUAGAAUUACAUUAUAGGAUUAACAAAUAUAAUAGAAAGUAACUGUCUUAGCAAUAUGUGAUUUCCUAAACACAUGCCACCCCGCCCUUAGCGGUUAAAAUAUAAACAAUUUUUAACAAAUUCUUAGAAAUAUUCAAACAGCAGUCAAAAAUACAAUGAUCAUUGCUACAAAAUUUAUUAAUACAGUGUAUAAAGCAAUUUAUUAUAUUAAAUAUUAUAUAUAACACUGCAAAAUUUUAAUAUCUAUAUGUUUGGUUCUCUGUAUAAACUUUUUAUAAUUAUGAUUCAACUAUGUCAUUAGCUAAGGGAAAGAUAACAUACGUCUAGACAUAAUACAAUAUAUCUAUAUAGAACAUCUCAACAAUCAAUAAUAGGGAAUUAAUUUCAUCUAUAGUAUUUGUCUUUAAGUUUUAAGAACUUGUUAAUGUAAUUUUAUCCAUAAGAAAUCUUACGCGUGACUAAGAUUUUAAUCAGGAUUGAACAUUUAAAUUAAUUGAAUUAAAAAAAAUUACUUUUUAAAAUAUUAAACAAAUAAUGAGAUCAUUGUAAAUUACAUAUUCAAUAAUGAUUUAAAUAUGUAUUCAGUAAGAAGAAACACCUAUCUAUAUAAAUGAUAAAUAAAAAAGGUAUCACAAAACAUGAUCACAGAAAUCAAAUAAUUCUAAGCAAGAAAUUGUUAGUUUACAAAAAUCGUAUCAUUUGAAAAAGUACUGUUUUUAAAUUUUCUCUAGAAUGUAUAAUUUUUAUACAACAUAAUUUGGAAUCAUGUUUUUUUUUUCUUUACAGCUAAAUAAAAUUGGACCUAUUGCUAUUGUUAGAUGACAAUGAAGUUAAUGCUCACAAUUUUAAAGUUGAUAAAAGUUGUUGUCCAGUUUCUAUUAUUAAAGAUUUAACAUGUUCAGCGUGCAUAAUUUGAUUACACAUUUCACUGCAUUUCUGAAAUGUUAUUACAUCAUCUUUUGGAAGAACACGAUGUAGACUUUUUAAAGAUAACGUAUGUGGUAAAUAAUUCAAAAUUGCUAAAACAAUUUGAGUGUAUAAACAUUGUAGUUCUUGUCGAGAGUUUGAUGUAGCAAUUUUACUUUGUGUUAGUUCAAUUAAAUACUUCCAUUCAGAAUCUUUAGUAUACAUAUCCUUUGCAUAUUGCACAACAGCUUGAGAACAAUUAUCCAUUAAAAGUGCUGUUGCUUCCUCGAUAUUUUGAGUGCACAACGUUUUUAAAGAUAAACUGCCAUCAAUUUCUUGCGUUUCAAGAAAUUGCUUAACUUCAAAUAAGCAUUCAUUUGGUAUAAAAUCACAAGAUAAUACAGAUUGUAAUUUAAACAAUUCCAUUGGUAUAGUUUUUUCAGUGUCAGUCUUAUCGAUAUCGGCUAAAUCUUUUAAAUCGCAUACAUUCAGAACUUUUUGAUAAUCUUUUGCAUAUGGCGGCAUCCCGUUUAGAUAAUGGGGUCUAAACUUCAUAAAUAUGAAGUUAUCAUAAUUUUCUUGUAUAGUUUCUUUAUUUUCUAUUUUGUACACUUUCGUUUGAGUUAAUUUGCCUAAGUACGAUCGCACUAAUAGCUUAAACGCUUCAACCAAAGCGAAAUCCGUGCGUAUUUGAUUUUUACUUAUAACAGAUGAAUCUAUAAUCAAUUUUGUACUGAAGUAGUUGUGAAGAUAUUUUUCAAGAAAUACUUGUAAUGUCAUUGCUGCAUUAUGUCCAUCUCGUCCUACUCUCGAUGGCAAAUAUUCUAGAAACACCUGUAUAAUUUGAUGGAGAGAUAAAAUUCCAUCCUCUUCAAUUAAUUGUAUUAAAAUUUCUGCAAAAGUUGCAUUUUUUUGACGCAUUAAUGUUCCGGCGAAAUCUGAAAACGUCGGAAUCAUUGGACUUCUUUUUUUCAUUGCUGUCAUGUCAAACAAUAGGUCCCAAUGUUCUAAAACUAUUUUUUUAAUACAUAACGCUGAGACUGGUUCAAGUAUUUUUUCUGCUUGCUCUUGUUUCUCAGCUUGUAUAUAUAAAAGUGCCAAAGCUAAUUUAAUUAAUUCGUCUGUUUCAUACAAUAACAAAAGAUGUAUUAACUUUUCUGUAGUAUAUUCUCGUAAUACGGGACUACUGAAGAUCAAUAUCAAUAAAUCCGGCUUUUUUAAUUUACAUAUUAUUUCUACGAUAUUAAAUCCUUGGAACAAGGCAUCAGCUUCUGAACCACUUUUCAUAGUAAAAAGUGUAUCAGUUAAAAAUGUAACGAGACCCGGUGCAUCUUGACUUGAUUUUCUAGAUAAAACUUCUGAAGGUUUUAAACCCGACAUUUUAUAAUAGGGUAUACAAAAAUCCCAGUCUGACUCAUAUUCAGAACGAAUAUAAUAAUCUCCAAGCAGUGCACAUGAUUGAUUAUAUAAAUUCUUCAAUUUCAAUCCAUUUUUAUUUGCGAUAUCGUCAAAUUCAUUAAUGUCUGAGCAGUUAUACACAGCAUCUUUAGCUAAGCGUAUCAAAGCAUGAGCCUCUCCUAACAAAUGCCGGUAUGUGUUUGGACUAGAAGAUUUAUGAUUCCUUGCUGCAUUUAAAAUAUCAUAAUACAAAUUUUCCAAUUUAGGUAAAAUUAAGGAAUACAAAGUCCAAGAAUUUUCAGCUUUGGCUAAGAGAAUAAGAUAAUUUUUGCUAUGUAAUAAUUGUUGUAUUCCUAGGAAAGGUCUUAAUCCUAUUAAGCAAACAGGUUCAGAGAUACUAGGACAUGUAACUCUCAAGUUUUCUAUAUCAUUUGACAUUCUGGCAACAUGGUGAGAUAAACGUAAUGUGUAUGAUUCAAGACCAGCUUCAGUAAGUGCAUGCAAAGCAGUAUGUUCCAAAGCUACAUGAUUAACAGGUGCCGUAAAUGGAUAACUAGUUAAACAAGUUGCAUCUGUAGGAUUUGAACUAGUUGCAGAGAAGUGAUAAAGAUAUCCUUCUUGCAGUGUGCAUAAAAAGCAACUUACACCCUGCAAAUAUAUGUAUUUAUCUGAUCUAAGGAUUGAUCUUUUUAAACAAGAAUUAUUACACUCUUUCCUCAUAUAUAAUGGUUUCAAUAAAGAGCAACUGAACAAUUCAGAACUUCCAUCAAGUUUAUUGUUAGCUGCCAUUAUUUUAAGAGACAGUAAAUUUUUUAUUGUAUAGUUUUCUGACCAUCCUAAAUCAGGAGAAUUUGUUUUAAUUAUAAUUCUUAUGUCUGAUGGAUUUAAUAUGAAAGGACUCAAGGUGUGUCCAGGUCCUGCACGUUCUAAACUUAUAGAUGGCAAAUUUAUAGUUAAAGACUGUGAGUUUCCAUCGACAAUCUCUUGAUCAAUUAAUUUUUGUAAUUCAUCUCUUUCAUUAUACAAUAAAUGAUCCAAAUUUAUAACAGUAUCAUUACUAUUUGAUUUUAUUUUCCUAAAAUCUCCAGUCUCCAGUUUAUUCCAUAUACUUGUUUUAGAACUUUUAUGUUUUCUACUUUUAAAUUUUGUACUUAUUCCACUAGAAUCAUUGUUUUCUGACACAAUGAAAUGAAGGUCUUGACUAGAACUUUUACGUUUUGAAUUUAUUCCUUGCAAUAUUGUAUUAUCAUCUUGAUUAACCGUAUUGCUAUUUUCCACAAAAGAAGAAUCAGUAGAUAUAGACGUUUUAUCAAUAGACGAAGAGUUUGUAGAAGUGAGAGAACUCAAUUGAUCAAUAUCCUCAUACAUUGAAUUAGUCAACCGAAAGACACAUAAAUUUGUCUUAUCCAUAAUUGAUAUGAAGUCUUCAACAAUUUCCAUAUGCAUAGGAGAGAAUGAGAAGCCUAAAGACCAUGGUCUUGCUUCAAAAUCUAUAAACUUCAUUUUUGAUACUUGCUGUGUUUCAAUUUUAAAUUCAUGUAGAAUAGCACUGUUUCCUGAAGCCACCAGGAGAUUUCCAGUACUUUGGCAGCAUGCAAUCAGUGUAGGUUGUACACUUAAUGGCAAUUCUAUCAUUUCCAAGCUAUUCAAUGGUCGAUUUAAACUUGGAGUAACACGUCCCGCUAUUCUAGCACGCAUAGGUUGACUUUGAUCUUUCACCAUAGCCCAAUUAACAUAGAUUCUAACAAAAUUAUUAAUUGUUUUCCCUGUAUGAUUAUUGAUGCUUGCAUCUCUGGAUAAUUUUGAUUCUAAUGUUACAACAUAAUCUUCUUUGGUGCAGUGCACCAUUUGAUUAAUCAUAUCUACUGUUGGAAAAACAGUAUGUAGUUUAAUAUCAGACAUCAUCAAUUCCCAGACUUCAACGCAAUGAGUUGACAAUGCCAGAAGGAGCAUUUCAUGCCCAGAUGCAUUUGCUAUACAGCUUGCUGUUGGCUCUUCAAUUUGAGUGAUGUUUUGUCCCACAAAAUUAUGUACUGUGAUUACACGCACCAUGUUGACUUUUGUGCUAAAAGAGUUCUUUAAACAUAUCUUUAUUAUUCAAAGGAAAACUACUAUGUCUAAUAAUAGUAGAUUGGUCACUUUGAUAACUAAAUUGAACAUUUAUUAUAUAAUUACUGAAUUUAAAUUAAUAAUUAUUUCAUUUGAAUUUGAUACAUCACUACAUGAUGUAAUGAAAUGAUAUUUUAAGGUAUAAAUUAUCAUAAAAUUCGUUCGAAGGUUAUCUUACAUUUUUAAACUAUUAAUAUACAAGUUGCUUAUGAAAUAUGUCAAAGGAUGAUAAGUUCGUUGUAUCUUCGGAAGCUUUUAAUAUUAAUGAGGUACAGAAUCAAGUUUAAGAAAAUAUGAUUGAAAUAUCGCUUUCUUUCUGUUCGGAUUAAUAGAUCUAACUGCCUAAAAAUCCAUUAAUUGCUGGUUAAUGCUCAAUAACUCAAUGACGCGUACUUUGACAUUUUUUAAUUCAUGUUUUAUACAUUUAACACCCUUGUUGUAUGACAAAUAAUAUUGAAAAUCACAACUCACAAAAAGUACGAGAAAUCACAUUGCUUAACGCCACAGAAACAAACAAUACGAUAUUUUAUACAUGAUUUUAUACAAUCUAAGAACACUACGGAUAUUACAAAGAAUGAAAAUACAGUUCAUUCGUUUGAGAGAUCUUUUAGUACGCGCAUGUACGCUAAUGGUUAGAACAUAGUUGUGCUACAUACGCACUCUAUG